GCUAGAGGCGGAAGCGGCAUGUUUCCCUACUCCCAUGCUGUCUAAGAGGUCACCUUAAAAGUUGGUAUUUGUUAAUAGUUUAAAUAUAACUAUUUUUUGUGAGAACUGAAUACUGUUCUUUUUUUUUCCACCUGCAAUGGUCGCCAUACCGCGUUAGACGGUUUUCCCCACCCUGUUAUGGCUUGGUGUGAUAACUAAACAUUGGGUCUAGCUAGCGGAGUGACAACUCCUAGCUACAUUUCAGGACGACAUAUAGGCGACCAUUAGAUAUUAAUAUACCUGCAACUACAUUACAACCUGACGGUGAUGGCAGAGGCGCAGCAGGCUCGCGUACAGAAGGCGGUGGAGGACAUGGUGCAGAGCCUGGAACGGGACCACAUCCGUAAGAUGCAGGGUCGCAUGUUCCGAUGCAGCGCCGACUGCUGCGAGCGCACAGCUGGCUCAAUGAGUCUGGUGCACCAGUGCAUAGACCAGUGCCAUGCGCCAAUGGCUAAGGCUCAGGGAUUAGUCACUAACGAGCUCGAACAGUUUCAGGAUCGACUCACACGAUGCACCAUGCACUGCAACGACAAAGCCAAAGACUUGUUCGAUACGGGAGCGAAGGAGCCCGCGGUGCGCGCUCUGAUGGAGAAGUGCGUUGGCAGCUGCGUGGACGACCACCUACAUCUGCUUCCCAGCAUGACACGCAGGAUAAAGGACAGCCUCGCAUCGAUACCUCAGUGAUCCCGCAGCUGAAAUGUCUUUUGUAAUUACUAUUACGUGAAGGAGAGGUCCCAGAACGAUCGACGUUUGUGAUGGACUUAUGAUGUUUGUUAUCCGUCCAGCCCACGUUGUUCCGUCGCUGACACCAUAUUGUGACUUAGUGUUCAUCAGAUCAGCUGGAUUUGUCUCUGUCGCAAUUGUUUUGUAUGGUCAUUAAAAUAACAGUCAAAUCAAUGCCUAUUUUAUUUGGCUGAAACUAAUGUAUGAACCAGACCUGUUUUACUUUAAAUAUUACCCCCCACCCCCCCAAAAAAUCUGAAAAUUAGUGCUGAGUCUGUGGAGAAAAUUAAAGAGAAAGGGCAAGUUU